UAUUUGUCGGUUGAAGUUGAAACAUCAUAUUUUAAAUAAAAUAUUUAUUCUAUAUAAUUGCUGUUGAUUAAAGUUUUAAUUUGUGAAAAAUGUUGAAUUCACGUUUAUUGGUGCUUUGUUGUUUUUUAUUUGUGACAUUAGCUUUUACGUCAUGUGAAGCUGCCGGUUUUCAGCCUAUUCCCAAAGAUUGUCCAGCUAAUGAAUUUUAUACGUCAUGUGGAGGAAGUUGCCAAACUGAAUGUGCCACUCUUGGAGAACCAUGCCUUAUUCGACACAUUAGAUGUCCUGAUGGGUGCUAUUGUAAUGAAAACUAUGCACGUGAUGCAAGCGGAAGUUGUGUUCCAAUUAAGGAUUGCCCACAAAAAUAGUUAAUAGAAUAAAUAAUAUUCUCUAGAAGAGAAUAGUUAAUUAACUAUUAAUAAUAAUUAACUAUUAA